UGGUUUAUUUAACGCUAUUGAAAAUGUUGCGCUUUCGUCCCAAAUUAGGAAGUGAACGCAGCAGCGAAUGGCGCUGCUGCUUCUGCCUCCACGUUCGCACUGGCACCAUCCUACUGGGAUCAUGGCAUUUGAUGGUCCACCUGAUUGCGCUGGGCUUCCUAGCAGCAGUCGUACGUGACCCUCGCCUCAUAGAGCAGCUAGAGCGGGAUUCGACCCCUGAUGCUGAUUGGAGCGAUGGUGGCAACAGUCUCCCUACCCCACUGUCCAAUGUGGAACCUCCUCCGAGCUCAUAUAUCCCACACAACAGUCAAUCGAAAGACCAUAAUCUUAUUUACCAUGAUGUGGAUGUAGGUGCACUGGUUACAGUGUGCACCCUCGCUAUCACGCUCAUGCUGAUUUACGGCGCCUCGCGCGGCAAGCCUGCCCAUCUGCUGCCUUUCUUCUGUCUCCAGAUAUUUGACUUCGCCAUUACUGUUUUGACGGCGACUGGGUAUCUAUGUUAUCUGCGCUCACCACACCGACUGAUAGCCGAAACCCGCCGUGUGCCGUGGCGCGCCGAGCUGCUAAAACUUCCCGCGCCAGCGCUUGCCUUUAUUAUACUUUCCACGUUCCUCGGCGCUGUUAUUGUUAAGGGCUACUGCAUCAGCGUGGUCUGGCGUUGCUACAAGUACCUGACGAUGCGUACGCACGAGAUGCACAGCCUGACCCCAUUCGUGAUCUCGUCUGAGGGCGUAGUGGCUCCGGCCUACUCCGCACCUGCGCCCGCGCCGGACUACUCCAGCCUUCUGCCUGAUUAUGAGGAAGCUGUCAAGCAGAGCCCCCCGCCCUCCUACCGCGCUGCUACCCAAAUGACUCAGGCUGAUCCUAACACUAUCACUCCGGAGACUCCUGGUGAGCAGUCCCCACCGCAGGUCCAAUCGGCUCCAGUGGGUCAACCAACCUUGGCCCAGCCCACGGAGACCAUCGUGAUCCUGCCGCCGCAAGCCGCGCCGAAGCCCGGCCUGCACGCUCGCGUCUGAAUCUCCUCCUACAUAGUCCAGUCUUAGCCUGAUACGCAAAUGUACAAUUUAAAUGUCUAGGCGCCUGACUUACCAAGGACUCGUGGGUUCCUUAGGGAUAAGCUAAAUAUGUCAGUACGUUUCAAUACAGUGGCAAUACUAAAAGCAAAUGUUGUAUAUGUUCCGGAACAAGAGUGCACAACACAAAUGUAAUUCAAUAUGGGGGAGUAUUGAAACGUGCUGAUAAAUAUGAACUCCAACUUACAAGUGUUUUGUAAUCCAUGACGAUUGUCAAGACAAUGGCGACGCGGAAAAUGUAGUACUUAAUUCAUUCAUUCCUGUCCAAUAUUUUCCCAAAGAUAGGAAAUAGGCUAUCAUUAUUGAUAAUGAUUGGCCGAGGCUAAGGCUGGAAUGGUACUCUGCUGAUCGCAUAGGGAAUUCACAAUUAAAUGACAAUUAUAAUUUUUGGUACUUUUUAUUUUAUUAACCGUAUUUAUUUAGCACUCCCAAAUUGGAAUGCUUUUGUAUGUACGAUAAAGUUUGAUAAUUUAUAUUUGGUAGUUAUUUCUUUCUAUCGCUAUGCAAUCAGUAGUUUCUAUCUUGUCUAUUCAUAUUAUCGCUUGUAUUUUCGCCAUUUUUUAUUAUCCACUUUCGUACACGUUUGUGUGUAUUUUUAUGUGUAUACUUUUCUGUUGUGAUACGUUGUACUAUACAUUUUCACUAAACAUGAAAAAUAAUUUAAAAACUAUUUAUUUUUUUUAAAUCAAACCACUUUUUUUGUGUCGCUCAUAUGUCACAUAUCCAUAACUUGUGCCAUUCUGUUAUAUUUCAAAAUUUUAUUUUUGUAUAUUAAAAACUUAAGGCGUGUCACUGAAUUUCAAAUUAAACGCAUUAUAUAGAUAAAAUAUCCUAUGUCAUAGUUAAUGUGUCUAAAUUAAUCAAAUAAAUACUUAUUACCUACUUUUUCAUGUCUUAAUAUAAUAUGUA